CGCUAAAGUAGCUAGAAGCCUUUCCAUCGCUCCUCGGCGGUAUGGCGGGUCGCAUAAAGCUUCAGUUGUCAGGUGGGGGUCCGCCGCGGUGGCUCCUGCUGCCCAAGGACUGGGAGGAGCUCAAACGACAGACCCUCGCCCGCCUGGAGCUGGCGGGUGCCGAUGACGAUGCCGUGCUCAGGUGAGGGCUGGGGAGGACGGGAGGGGACAAAUCGAGGCCAGAUCUACGGAUUCUGACGGUUUUCAUCCUCGCGAAUGGUCGUGUGUGGUGUGGGUGUGUGUUUCCUGCCGUCAGUUCGCUGCGUUACUUCUGUGAGGGCGCCCUUAUCGACAGCAUGGCGCUCAUACAGGGAGGUACGCCAAACAGGGCGGGGGAAUGCAUUCAGAUCCAUCCAUCCAUCCAUUUUCGUGUUUUUGUGGUUGGCCUGUGUGUGGUGUGGUUUGUGGUGCCAUGUGCAGGUGAUUUGUUGACGGUAGAGGUGGAUAUGGCCAGUGUGGAUGUGGCCGCUGAGAAGCUGCACCAGCAGGCGGCCGCCGUGGCUGCCGCAUACUCACCAUCGUCCUCGCCCGCCCCAUACCCUGACGCCGAUACGGACACGGGCAUCACCGCACAGCAACAACAGGCUCACCAACAGGUAAAUGAUCUCCCCCUAACACGCCAACAGCCACACGUGUUUUCAUCCAUCCACAGGUGGUUCAGAUUCAGAGCCCCGUCGCGAGUUCGUCCAGCAGUAGCAGCGGUAGCAGCAGCGGUGGUUGCCAUGGUGCCGGGGGUUAUGUCGUGGGUGACCAUGGCGGCCAUCGGCAGGAGGUGCACUGCGGGGGUGCGGGGGGUGGUGCCCUGAGUGGGUGUGGUGGCGAUGACGGUGUGUCGAUGAAUAGCGAGCGGCCCGAGGAGGAGCGACCGCAGGAAAUGGCACCACCCAAACAGGCCGAGUACCGACUCGUCAACGCUAGCUACAAAGUGAGAGCCUGACCAAAGGGGGAGGGGUGUGUGGCGUGUUGUUAUGCUGAUGUGUGGUGUUCUUUGUGUGGUGUUGUAUCAGGCUGAUAAGGGCGACGGUAUGCAGCUGACGGUCAAGAAGGGCGAUGCGGUCCAGGUGUUCCUACGCGACCCAUCCGGAUGGACAUACGGCGAGUAAGCUUCCCUCCCUCCACAAAACACACCGAAACGGGACACACCAACACCACCCAUCCAUCCAUCCAUCCAUCGCUUCUUCUUUUCCUCCUUGCCCAGGUUGAGCAACGGCAACUGCGGGUGGUUCCCCGACCGAUGCCUAGGCAAGCGCCUCACCGGCCACGAGUUCCACUCCUCCCUCAACGCACAACAGCAGCCACAGACCACCACCACAUCCACCUACCCUUACCCCCACGAGCACCACAACCACCAGCAGCAGCCCACCCCAUCGGAGUCCCUCGGCCAGGGACGCUACACACCCCAGCACCACGCACAGAACCACUACACCCACGGCCAGCAGCAGCAGCAGCAGCAGCAAUCGGGUGUGGUGCAUUCGACGCUCAACCCCCGAGCCAAGCCGUGGCACCCCUUCCAGGGGCCCUCAUUUAGCGAUAUACUCAUGCGGGGCGGCGGACAUGGCCACGGGGGACAUGGCGGGGGUGGGGGAGGGGGAAGGGGUGGGAGCGGCGUAGGGUCGACGGGCAGCGGUCACGAGGACAAGACCCCAUGUGUGCAGGCGGGACAGGGCGACGGAGGCAAGGGUAAGGACAAGCGGAAUGAGCCAGAGAGAACCGUGACUGAUGGCCGUGCAUCGCCUGUGUUCUGUCUGUCUGUCUGUCUGGGUGUUGGCCAUCAGGUCGUUCGUUGUUGCGUAUGUUGCACCAGCAGGCGGAUGCCAGUAGCGAUGAGGCGCCCCCGCCGCCCUCACCCCUGCUGUCCCUCAGUGACGGCCAGGAGGGCGGCGGCUCACCCGUCUCCCUCUCCGCAUCACACAACGGCCGCAACAUCAACAGCAACAGCAACAGCAACCCCCGCGGCGGGUCGCCCCCCAAUGGCGGCCUGAGCAGCAAGUUCUUCUGCCGUCGGUGCCGCGUUAAGGAGGCCGACCUCGGCGAGCGCCUCAUAGUAAGGCGGGAGGGAUAUGGGAUGGCUGGUGGGGACGGGAUGGAUGGAUGGAUGGAGAGGGGUGCGUGCGUACCAUCUGUUUGAACUGCAUGCAUUCCCCGGUGGAUGUGUUGGGCGUGUGUGGUGGUAGGUGUGUGGGGGUUGCCGUUUCGUGCGUUUCUGUAGCGAUGUGUGCCAGGAGGCCAGCAAGCACUCGCACGUAGACACCGGGGAAUGCAUGCAGUUCAAACAGAUGGUACGCCCAUCCAUCCAUCCAUCCAUCUAUCUAUGGGUCCAUGAGUGGAAUAGAUACUCCCACACCUUCACACGUUCUCUCAAUGUGUGUGUCGUGCGUGUGUGUAGGUGAUGGACUACAAGAAGCAGCAGCACUCAUCCCCCCAGCAGCAGCAGCAGCAGCAGCCGUGCCCCUUCUCCCACGACGCACACCCAUUCCCCUUCUCACACGAGAUGAUCUGCCGAUCGUACGUCAAGCGCACCAACAACACACAGGGCGACGGCGAGCAUGACGACCAGGCGAUGCUGCUGCGGGAGGCGGGAGGACACAGGGGCCGCUCAUGGGUGCAGGUGGCACAGCAGGGCGGCGGGCCGAAAAAGUAAACAGAGCACACACACACAGAAGACACAUGAAAAGAUCUUGGCCCACACGCAAUGGCCGGCCAUAUGCCCUUUGUCUUCGUUAUCAGGGUGUCGUUCGCGGUGAAGCAGCCUGGGGGCAACGGCGGCAAGUCGUCUAAGGAUGACCGUGACAGCAGGGGUGGCGGGCGGUCCAUGGUGACCCCCACCCUCCCCUCGCCACUCAAAUCGUCCACCCGCCCCCGCGCCCCGCCGCCCAUCUCCUACUCGGCGUGCAUCACCAAGACCAACUCGGGACCACACACACCCCAGCUGAGCGAGAGCGCCCUGCCCGUGACGGAGGCCAAGGGCCACACUCUGGCGCCAACGAGCCCGACGCGUGCGGAGCCCACCCCGCCGCUGUCAGAGGGCAGCAGCGCCCCCGGUAGCCCGCCCGGAGAGGAGAAGGGCGAAGAGUAGAUAGCCAGUACGAAACACACAGAGGGAGGGAGGGGGUGGGUUGGUAUCGUUAGAUGGGAGACGGGUGCUUGUGUGCAGGCAGAAAGAGAGGGAUGGCUGUGUGUGAUGGGUGUCGAUAGUGGCUGAGUGAGUUGGGGGGCGCCUGAAGGAGGACGGGAGGGAGGGGGAGGGGAGGGGAGGGCAGGAAGCCACAGCCACAUCGCAUGGGAUGACCACCACACCACAUCACAUCGCGUGCGUCCGUUUUUGGGGACGGCAUGGAUGUGCUCUCUCUUGGAUGUGAUCUCUCUCUCUCUCUCUCUGUAUGUGUGAUGAGAUUAGUGAAGGAUUGCCGUUUGGCAUGAGAUUGUAGCCAGCUGCCAUGCCAGCAGAAGCCUUUCCAUGCCUGCAAUGCCUGCCUUGUGGGUUUCUCACCUGAAUGGAUGCAUGUGUGAAUGCCUGCAGCCUAUGCCUGGCUGGCUGUCUUUUCUGCAGGUCCGGUAUCCACCACCCGGCCAUCGACCAAAGAUAGACAGGGAGACAGACAGACAGGCAGGCAGCCCACAGGAAUGAACUCGAGGGCGUAGAUGUAAAGAGGAGAGAGAGCACGGUCGCCCGGAGAGCGAGGGCGGCAAGACAGGCAGGCAUGCAGCUAUUUUGAGAUAAGACGAUAAGACGAAGGCACCUUUUCUUAGAUAUGCAGCCCGGGCUCAUUCUUGGGAUGGAUUGGCUAGCGGGCAUGGGUCACGCAUCUUUGGACGACUGUGUGCAGCUGUCUGCCUGUCCAUGUCUCUUCGCGUGCGUCUGUGUAGUGUGUGUGUGGCUGGCUGGCGAAUUAAGGGUGUCUAGGGGGCCUCGCGUGCGUCAGUUGGGUGGAGUGGGGUGUGGUGGGAUGGGUGGACGAACCGAAACAAAAGAACAAAAGACACAUAUAUACAUAAGAGCCAGGCGAUAGCUAGACCCUGAUGGCUGAAGCAGCAUAAGUCGACGAAACACCAGCACGCGAAGCGAAGCGCAGCCAACACACGGAGGUUGUUUCUGAGACACGAGCUGGAUGCCCUCUUCAUGACAAAUCGAUGCGAAGAAUGGAUCUUGGAAUGGAUGUGCAUACAAACAG